GAAUGUCGUCUCUCAGAGUAAGUAAGUUGACCGAAGCAAAGAGAGAAACUUAGAUAAUUUUUCUCUUCUCUUUUCUCUUUGUCCUUCUUUUUUUUCUUCUCUUACUUUUUUCAUCUUCUUCUUCUUCUCCAUCAUCGUCUUCAUCAUCAUCACCACCAUCAUUAUCAUUCUCUUUCUCUUCUUUCUUUUCUCUCUCUUUCUUUCUCUUCAACAACAAAAUCUUCUGUUCUCCUUUAUGUUUUCUCUUUCUUUAGUGUCCAUUACUUUUCGGUAACGUUUUUUUUUAUUCUUUUUUGGUAAAAACUCAUUUUUAUAUGGUAACAAUAUUGGAACAAUAACAACAACAACAACAAUUAAUUCUCUUGGUUAAUUAAUUUGUGAUUUGGUGUCUUCUAUGUGUCUACUGUUUAAUUAACUAUAAAAGUAAAUGGAAUUAAUUUUUUGGGUUCUCCAUUAACAACUACAACCACCAUUAGAGAGCAACAAGUGAACCAACAUUUUCAAGCUUUUUUACUCUUCUCAUUUUCUAUUGGUCUUGGUUUUCUAAAUGUGAUUUUUGUUCUAUUCUUUUUUUUUAUUUUGUUUCGCCUUCAAAUUGUGCUAAUUAUUUAUUCUAUUCUGUUGAUUACGCACAGAUUAAUAUGCUGAUCUACCUAUGGAUAAAAACUUUUGUGUUCACUUGAUGGUUGAUACUUUAUAUCGACUAAUGGAUAUUGGGUGAUCGCUUUCUCCUUAAGUGCUUUGUAUGUGCCUUUGCCUGUUGUGCCUUCAUAUUUGCUUCCAUUUUUGUGAUAGCUUAAUAUCUCAUCGUCUUUAUCAUCCCAUUUAUCACCAAGUUGUCUGUCUCUCUGUCUCUCUCUCUCUUUUUAAUAUUUGUCUAAUUUAACAGGCAAAUAUGAUGACAAUAUCAAGGAAGAUACCUAAUUGUUGUACAUUAUUUUCUGUGUAUAUUUUUGUAAUUAUCUUUGUAACUACAUUUGAUUCCAUUUUGAGUCAAUCUCUUCUAUCAUUAUCUUCUUCUUCUUCUUCGUCAUCCUCAUCUUAUUCUUCUUAUGAUCCAACCUCAACAUCUUCCACCAAAAAGGGUAAAAUAUGUAUUGGUACAAGUGGACGAAUGUCAGUUCCUUCAAAUCGUGAACAUCAUUACCAAAAUUUAAGAGAUCGGUAUACCAAUUGUACUUAUGUCGAUGGUAACCUGGAAUUAACUUGGUUGGAAGAUGAAAAUUUCGAUCUUAGCUUUUUAAACGAAAUACGAGAGGUGACGGGAUACGUUUUGAUCAGUCAAGUUCAUGUUAAAAAGGUCUCACUGCCCAAUUUACAAAUCAUUCGAGGACGAACUCAUUUCAAAUUAAAUAUUCGAGAUGAAGAGUUUGCUUUAUUGGUUACUCUUUGUAAGAUGGAAAAUCUUGAAUUAUCUUCAUUGCGAGAUAUUCUUGCAGGAGAUGUUGGUUUCUUUGACAAUUAUAACCUUUGUCACAUAAAGACAAUCGAUUGGGAAGAAAUUCUAUCUGAACCAAAAGCGACCACCGUUUACUCUUACAAUUUUACCCACCCUGAAAGAGUAUGUCCACCAUGUCAUCCCCUUUGUCCAAGAGGUUGUUGGGGUGAAGGUAUUGAAAAUUGUCAAAAAUUUAGCAAAAUCAAUUGUUCACCUCAAUGUCAUCAGGGUCGCUGUUUUGGUCCCAAUCCACGGGAAUGUUGUCACCUUUUCUGUGCUGGUGGUUGCACCGGACCAAAGCAAAGUGAUUGCUUAGCAUGUAAAAAUUUCUACGACAAUGGAGUCUGUAAACAGGAAUGUCCACCCAUGAUGCGCUAUAAUCCAACCACCUAUUCUUGGGAAACCGAUCCGGAAGGUAAAUACGCUUAUGGUGCAACAUGUGUCAAAGACUGUCCUGAACAUCUACUCAAAGACAAUGGAGCUUGUGUCCGUUCCUGUCCAGCCAACAAGAAAGCUCAAUCAGGUGAAUGUGUCCCCUGUGACGGACCUUGUCCCAAGAUUUGUAAAGGUGUUGAUGUGAUGCUUCAUUCUGGUAAUAUUGACGAUUUCCGUGGAUGCACCCAAAUUGAUGGUUCUCUGAUUAUUUUGGAAAGUUCAUUCAUCGGAUAUCAAGAAAUUUUUCCCAAUCUUACCUUUGGUAAAAAUAUUCCUCCCAUGCAUCCGGAUAGAUUAAAUAUUUUCCAUACUCUCAAGGAAGUUACCGGAUUCAUUUCCAUUCAAGCAAAUCAUCCAGCAUUCACUAACCUCUCAUACUUCAAGAAUCUUGAAACGAUUCAGGGUCGAAUCACUUUCGAUAUGUUUGCCGCUUUACAUAUAAUUAAAACUUCUCUGGUCUCACUUAAUCUACGAUCGUUGAAGAAGAUAAGUUUUGGCUCUGUUGUCAUAUCGGAGAACAAAGAUCUUUGCUUUGCAAACAGCAUUGAUUGGAAGAAACUUAUUAGUUCAGAUGCCCAAAAAUUCCUGGACGGAAACGGAAAAGAUGAAACUUGCCUUGCCAGAAAUUUAGUUUGUGACCCUCAAUGUGGUAACGAUGGAUGUUGGGGCAAAGGUCCUGAUGAAUGUUUAUCUUGCCGAUCUUAUCGUUUACUUGAUACUUGUAUUGAUGGAUGCAACUCAUCACUUGGUUAUUACAAUGAUGGUGGUCAAUGUAAACAUUGUCACCCUGAGUGUUUAGGUAAAUGUUUUGGUCCUGGAGCUAAUAAUUGUACUAAAUGUCGAAAUGUAAACGAUGGACCUUAUUGUGUGAACCAAUGUCCAAUCUCAAAGUACAAUGAUUCCGGUGAAUGUAAACCUUGCCAUGAAAAUUGUGUAUCAGGAUGUACUGGACCUGCGAAUCGACCUGCUUAUGGAGGAUGUAAUUCAUGUGAACGAGCGCUUGUUUCAAUUGAAGAUCCAAAUGUAGUUGAAAAAUGUCUCAAAGCAGAUGAACCUUGUCCUGAAGGAUUUUACCAUGAAUACAUUGGCUCCAAAGAGGAUGGAGCUCUUAAGCCUUUGACUGGAAAGUCCGUUUGUCGUAAAUGUCACCAACGGUGCAAAAACUGUACAGCUUAUGGCAUUCACAAGUCUGUUUGUGAAUGUUUAAGUUACUCUUCCGCUGAACAAUGUGAAGAUACUUGUCCUCGAGAUCAUUGGGCUGAUGAACCGAAUCAUGCUUGCUAUAAAUGUGCUGAUGAAUGUCAAGGCUGCCAUGGACCAACUAACGGCCAUUGUUUAGCGUGUCGUAACUAUCGAGUCUAUUGGAAUGAUGAUCCAUCUUCAUUCAAUUGUACAGCCACAUGUCCAGCCGAUAAACCAUAUAAAGUAGUCGCCGUUAACGUUGCCGAAGAUCCAUAUUGCUCGGAGAAAGAAGCUGAACCGCUACUUCCCGUACCAAAAGAUUCAAAUACUUUCCUAAUUUUUGGAGUCAUCGCAUUGACCGUUUGUUGUCUCGGCUUUUUCCUCGCAUUUUUCAGCUACCAAGGCUUACAAAAAGCACGAACUAAGGAAAAGACUAUGCAACUAACUAUGAGAAUGUCCGGCUUUGAAGAUAAUGAGCCACUUAAACUGACCAAUGUCCGACCCAAUUUGGCUAAGCUACGCAUCGUUAAGGAAGCCGAGCUUCGUAAGGGUAACGUACUUGGUUGUGGUGCUUUUGGUAUGGUUCACAAAGGAGUCUGGGUUCCAGAAAAUGAGAAUGUCAAGAUUCCGGUUGCUAUUAAAAUCCUUCGGGAAGGAACAGCUCCGGAUACAAAUAAAGAGUUUCUCGAAGAGGCUUAUAUUAUGGCUUCUGUUGAUCAUCCCAAUUUACUUAAAUUACUCGCCGUCUGUAUGACCUCGCAACUUAUGCUAGUAACCCAAUUAAUGCCUUUAGGGUGUCUCCUUGAUUAUGUUAAACAGCACAAGGACAAAAUUGGUUCCAAACCUUUACUCAAUUGGUGUACCCAAAUAGCAAGAGGAAUGGCCUACCUUGAGGAGAAACGAAUGGUCCAUCGUGAUUUAGCCUUGAGAAACGUUUUACUUCAAACACCAGGGUGUGUUAAGAUUACCGACUUUGGCUUGGCUAAAUUGUUGGACAUUAACAAAGAGGAAUAUAUUGCCGAAGGAGGAAAAAUGCCAAUAAAGUGGUUAGCCCUUGAAUGUAUUCACCAUCGCAUCUUUACACACAAAAGCGAUGUCUGGGCGUUUGGUAUAACCGUUUGGGAAUUAUUAACUUACGGUGGACGCCCAUAUGAGGGUGUUAACGCCCGAGAUGUACCUUCAAUUUUAGAUAAAGGUGAACGUCUCCCUCAGCCCGCUAUUUGUACGAUUGAUGUUUACAUGAUUAUGAUUAAAUGUUGGAUGUUGGAUGCUGAGUCUCGACCAUCGUUCAAAGAGUUGGCCAUGGAAUUCGCAAAAAUGGCUGGUGAUCCAGGACGAUAUUUGGUCAUUCCAGGCGACAAGUUCAUGAGAUUACCAAGUUAUACACCUCAAGAUGAGAAAGAACUUAUAAUUAAACUAUCGAAAGCCAUUGAAGGACCUGAAGUGAUAAUGGACGCAGAAGAGUAUCUACAACCAAGUCGAUCAGAACAUGAUGGUAAUAGUGAAACACCACCGCCUCCAACACCGAUUAAAAAAUUUAUGGAAGAUCGAGGGUUUGAAGGUGACCCAUUGGGAAUGAUGUUACCCUCAGCUCAGUCAAUGAUGAGUGGAUUAGUUGGUAAUCAUCAUUCAUUUUAUUCAAACAAUUAUCCUCAUCACCUUCACGCUCACACCGGAUCAAUUGGAGGUGUUACCAAUGUUACCACUGCCAGUUUCCUCGACGACACCGUUGACUCAUGUAAAACCCGAGCCAGUUCGGUUAUGUUGAACGGGGGAACCCUUCGAGGUAUCGAACCUUUAUAUCCACUCACCUCAACAAUGCAUCGUAGAGACAGUAGCCUCAUUUCUAGUCGAUUCUCAGCUGAUCCUGUCAAAAUGCAUCAAAAUGAAUUUGAAAGUAUAGAUAAUUUUAUGCCCGAUGGAAGUAACUUCGGUAAAACUUGCGACAUCCCGACCAGUCUUCCCGUUGACGAGGAAGAUUAUUUAAUGCCUUCACCCGGACUUCGUAAUUCACAAAACUAUGUCGAUUUAAUUGGUGAUGCAAAACUUUCAGAAAUGGGAACUUUGAAAGCUAAAGAUCUCAAACAAUUUUGCAAUGUACCUGAUUUUGUACCUGUUGAUGGUCACAGUCGAUUUGGUGUUGAUAAUCUUGAAUAUUAUCGAAUGAGCCAGAAUCUUGAUUACAUUAACACAAGACCAUGUAAUAUAACUGCCUAUGGUAUUGGUACCAACGGCGGUGGGUCUAUGGUUCAACCUUUGUCAACAACUUCAAAUAUUGUACCAACAAAUGUUGGUGGGGUUGUUACAACUGGUGGUGGUGGUCAGAUUAAUACAAUGGGAUCAUUACAACUUCCACCAACACCAACAUCAAUCAAUGGUGGAGUUGUUACCGGUAAUGGUGUUGCAACAGUGGGUUCGGGUAGUAUAGUUACCGUUCCUAAUCCUGGUCCAGGUAGACCAACUAGUGUGGUUCCAGCGUUGACCCUGAAUGGGACAAUUUCAUCCGGUGGUCAACAAGCACCGUCAACACCAGGACCUCAAUCACCAAUGACCCCUGGGCCACAAGUUAUUCACAUAGUCAGUCGUAAAUUACAUUCUAGUGACGAGGAAAACUCAGAUGAUCACGAAUAUUACAACGACAGUUAUUACGAUAGUUCAACUCGUGAAUUACAGCCUCUUAAUCAACGACGAAAUGAGACAACAGUAUAAUUAACAGAUUCACCUUGAAAUCUGUAAAAAUAUAUUUUAUUUAAAUUUGAUUGUUAAAUAUUUUUGUAAAUAUAACAACACUAAUCACUUCAAAAUAACCACAAAUAGAAUUGGCAAAGAUAAUCAAUUGGGCCAACUAUUUGUUAAAUUUUUUUCCCUCUUGAUUUAAAAUUUAACCAGACACACAAAUCUUAAUUGUUUGGUAAUCAUCAUCACCAUCCAAUCAGUUGCUAUUAAAUAACAACAAAAACUCAUCUCAAAUUUUAAUCAAUCAGAUGGAUAAAAAACACACAAAGUCUAAAAUACUGUUGUACAUUUUUAAUUGUAUCAAUAAUUGUAAUUGUAUUUUUUUUUAAUCAACCUUAUAUUGUGAAAAUCAA